UGCUGCUGUACUGUUUGCAACUGUUUUGACGAUGCUGUAAAAUAUGAUUUUUGCAAUGUUGGUAUCAAAUUGAAUGCAAAUGUGGCUCUGAGCGAGUUUAUUGCUGCAUUGUCUUAGGUUGUAAAACCUAAUGUGGAUUUCUUUUGUGGUAAUGCUGAAAAGGAAGAAAACAGUUUUAGAAUGUUAUGGGAGACGGCAGUGAUUCUUGGUAUUUUACACAUAGCAAGAAGCGACUGUCCUUCAGGCUGUUAUUGCAUGGAACAAACUAUUGAUUGUUCUUCUAGAAAGUUGACAUAUUUUCCUCAUGACCUCUCUUUCCAGAUAUUUCAAGAUACGACUGAUACCCUGAACGGAUUGAAUAGAAAAUACAUAACUAGUCUGAACUUGGCAAACAACCAAAUAACCGAAUGGCAAGGAAAGAUUUUGGCUGACAUUCUCCCAAAUUUGGUCAGUUUGGAUCUAUCCAACAACAAAAUAGCACAAGUCACGAGUGCACAAAGUAUUCUUCUAAACAUCAAGCUUCUUAAUCUGAAACUAUCCAACAACCCAAUUCAAAAUUUGGGAUCCGACAUUGACACUGUUCUGUACAGCCAAUCUAUCUCUCAUCUUGAUGUUUCUUCCUGUAACAUAAAAUCAGUCACGAAUUCCGAGUCGAUAAUGUUUAUGACCAACUUGACACAUUUGAGCUUAGCAGGUAAUCCAAUUUUUGUAAUCGACAAUCUUCAUUCAAACACGCUGGCUUAUUUGGAUUUGUCAAACUGUCUUUUGGGCAUCAGUGGCAAAAGCUUUAGAGAGGAUGCUUUCACAAAUUUGCCGAAGCUGAACUACCUCAAUAUUUCCCUGAAUGGCCAUCUGACAAAGUUGUCGUCGUUUGAACCGCUGUCUAUAUCUAUCAAGUACCUCGAGGCAUCUAAUUGUGCUUUUGAAAGUCCCGAUGUAAAAAUGUUUCCGAACUUGCAAUGGGUUGAGAUGAGGAGGAAUGUCAUAAAAACAUUACACAAUGAAAUUUUGUCACAAAACAGUAUUCUCGAGACCCUUGACGUAUCAGAAAAUUUAAUAAGCCAUAUUGAGGAGAGAGCUUUCAUAGGAGCUAAAUCACUGAGAAAGCUGGAUAUUUCUCAAAACUUUAUAAGAGGUUUGAACUGGAAUGUUUUCUUUGAAACUCCCAAACUAGAGGUACUCAAUAUCUCAAGAAAUUUACUCAAAUCUGUGGAUGACAUUCCUAUCCCGUCAUUACUACUUUUAGAUGCCAGUAGAUGUGAAAUCGUCGGAUUAAACUCAAACAUACUUCGUAGAACAAAGAAUUUAAGAUAUUUAAACUUGUCAAACAACUUUGUUGAAAGUAUACCUCCAAAACUAUCGUCGUCAAAGUUGCUAAGUAUAGAUUUGAGUUAUUGUCGACUGACUGAAGUCAAACACGAAUCUUUUCAAGAACUACCAUCGCUUCGGAGACUGAACUUGAUGGGGAACAGACUGACCAAUCCAUUAAAUCAUAGUUUACUACAGGAAGUUCGUGAAUUAAAUUUACAAGAUAAUCCGUGGCACUGCGAUUGUACCGAUCCAGACUUCAGCAAGGCGUGGCAUCAUCUCUACUUGUACCCAAAUAAAGGUAGCACAUUGAGAAAUUUGAAAUGCCAUUCACCAAAGGAACACUCAGGGAUGUCAUGGGAGAACAGUUGCUUUCGAGUUUUAGGAGAAGGUAAAAAGUACAAGACUGCAGCUUGGUAUUCUUUUCUUGUCCCUUUUCUCACAGUUUGCUGCAUGAUAGCUAUUUUCAUGGUAGUUCGCCAGGCCUAUGUCUCGCAUGGAUUGGAGGUGGAGCAAAGAGAGUCUAGUCAAAGAACAAGCCGCAGAUCAGAGACCAGAGCAACUCGGGUUGGGCCACAUUUCUUCGAUGACGAUUUAGAGAGAGGGAUUCAAAUGUCGGUGAAUGAAUCGACUCAAAGAUCACCCAUUCAUGACUUGUCAAAGCUUCCUAGCUAUGAAGAGGCUUUACUAAUGCCGAAACUCCUAAGCCAAGACGAUCUAAAGGAUAUAAUACGAAAUUAUGAAGAGAGAGAUAGAUUUGAAGAAUCUACAUUGAAUGAUGCUCAAGAAAGAGGUUCCGGAAUUAAUGAACAGUUAGAUCAUCAACACUAUCCAUCUACUUCCAGGAAUUCUGUGGUGAAUGAAACUAGGAAUAAUCUUCGGACUGAUGAGUGAAGAGUACCAAACUAUCAUGUUUUCACAAUUAAAUGUCAAAAACAUAAAUAUUUUUCUUGAAUGUAUAUAUUGAAUGUAAUAUUUUCUAUUUUAUUUUUUAUUAUUGUGUGUGUCUAUUGAUUUGAAUGUUUGCUAA